AUGACAAGGCCAGCCCAGGUGGCAUCAAUGGAUGCUCCUCAGCAUAAUGCACGUGUUUAUAUUCUUUCAAUAGUCACCUCUAUGGGUGCAUUCCUUUUUGGAUAUGACUUAGCGUUCAUCGGCACUGCAAUCGACUUGGCACCAUUCCAAAGGGAUUUCGGACUAGAUGGCGCAUCCGAGUCAGUUCAGAAUGCCUUUUCAGCAAAUAUUGUAUCACUCCUACAAGCUGGUUGUUUCUUCGGUGCUUUAGCAGCAGCACCUGUUGGAGAUAAACUAGGCCGUCGACUAGCCCUAGCCAUUGGUGCCGUUGCUUUCAUUGUGGGGUCUAUUAUGCAAACAGUAUCCGCCGGAAACAAAGACAUUAUGUUUGUGGGCAGAGUCAUUGGUGGCGUGGGUGUCGGCUUCGCCAGCAUGUUGGUACCUUUAUACACAGCCGAGUGCGCACCACCCCAAAUUCGAGGUCGACUCGUUGGUGUCUACGAGAUUGGUGUGCAACUCGGUACCUGCUUGGGAUUCUGGAUAAACUUCGGCGUUGAUCGCAACAUGGCACCAACAUCUGCACAGUGGAUGACACCAUUUGCAUUGCAACUUAUCCCGGGUGGACUCCUUCUAAUUGGAUUAAUAUUUAUGUCUGAAUCUCCUCGGUGGAUAGCAAAGACCCAUGGGAGAGCCCGAGCAAUCGAAACGCUUUCGAAGUUGCGUGGGCUCCCUGAUGACCAUCCAGCUGUUCAGGAAGAGGUAUCCGAUAUCUUGGAUCAACUUGAGAUCGAGCUUUCGGAUAGUCUUGGAAAUACCCGCGCUGCAUGGAAAGAGCUUAUGGAGCCUGGACUCCGGAACCGUGUCUUCCUUGGUGUGAUGAUUAUGAUCUUCUUCCAGAUGUGUGGAUCAAAUGCCAUCAACUAUUAUUCACCUCGGAUCUUCAAGUCGAUUGGCUUGCAGGGGACUGAAGCGACGCUGGUAUCAACAGGCAUUUAUGGUAUAGUCCGGUUGGUAGCUGUCUUCAUUGCGAUGUUCUUCAUUGUCGACCGCUUUGGAAGAAAGUCGAUGUUGAUCUAUGGAAGUAUCAUGAUCGCAAUUUCAAUGUGGCUCAUUGGAGCAUUCGUCAAAGUCCAAAGCUCGACUGUUACCUCAGACGGAUCCCUCAGCGGAACUUCCUACGCAGCGGCAGUUUUCAUCUUCGUCUUCGCUGUAUCCUUCUGCUUCAGCUGGGCCGGUGUCCCUUGGGUAAUCUGCUCUGAAAUUUAUCCCUUGCGCGUGCGUGGUUUGUGCAUGAGUAUCUGUGUCGCAACACACUGGCUAUUCAAUUUCGUCAUUGCGAGAAGCACACCAUACAUGAUCUCGAAUAUCGGGCUUGGAACAUACUUUGUGUUUGCUGCUUGUACUACCUUGGCUGUGCCAUUUGUCUGGUUCAUGAUUCCGGAAACAAAGGGCAUGAAAUUGGAGGAGGUGGAUGCUCUCUUCGAAGGGCGGGGGCUUAUCCCAAGGAUGAGGCUGGACCCAAAUGUGGAUGAAGGAAUUGACGAGAAGGCUGUCAUUGAGCAGGUUGAAAGCGUCUAG